ACGAAGGAGCACCUAUUGUUGAAGAAUUGACAUUCAACAAGGACACAGCUUACAGCGAUGGAAAUGCUACUCAGCUCCGUAGAGGUGAUACACCAUGAAUCCUCAAAGGCUGACAUCAAGGCAGUGAGCACUGCAGGACAUCUGGCUUCACAGAGUAAAACUAUGGAGACACUGUGGACCUUUCAGGAGGAGAGUGAAUCGAAUGAUGAAGGACAGCAAUGCAGGAUGUUUAAUGAGCCAACUCACCCAAAGGUGGCUGAGAGACAAGCACUGAAUUCUGAACAAUCAAUCCCUUCUGUGGAGCAGGCAACAAAGGGGAUAUUGUCUGGGCCCAGCCAAGGCCCUACGGCCCAGUAUCUCAUGGCACAUGCCAAGGAGAACAACCUUCAAGAGAAACAGCAUUGUGAGUUUACCAGUGAGAGUGGGGUGAGCAAUGACAAUGUCAGUAACUGCAAUGUUUUACAAACAGUGCAGAUGGCAGCUGAAGCUUCAGUGACUCUUGUUGUUCCUCCUGCAACCGGUGACCCUACAAUGUCUCAACAGGAACGAUCCAACUGGGAUCACCCAACAUCAACGGCUACAACGCAAGCCACCCAGGCGGACAGCUACUGUCAUUCCCAGAAAAAUCCCGCAGCCAAUGAGACAAAUAGUAGGCUGGUAAAGAGUGGAGCAUGCAGUUCAGUGGAGUCCCUGCUGGUCCUUGAUGAUGGAGCUCCCCUGUCUGUUAUAGAGAAAGAUGGGGGACGGGACACAGGAGGCAAUUCCUUGGCCAGAGGCGAAAGAAGUCAGGCCAUGUCUCCUGCAACAGGCAGUAAACUUGGGGAAGAUAAAAAUGAGCACAAAAUGCCAGUGCUGCCUGAUAAUAUGUGUGACACAGUAUUGCAUGUGACAAUGGAUAGUGAGGAACAGGAAUGUCCCGUUUGUAUUGAACUGUAUGACUCUGGCACUCACAAGCAGGCUUUGCUGAACUGCAACCAUAGCUUUUGUGACAGCUGUGUGAAGAGCAUUAUGGAGAAGGCAGCAGUGAGCAACACAAGCCAGAUCUGCUGCCCGAUCUGUCGCCAGAGAACCCCAAUGCCUGAGUGGGAGAUCCGUCAGCUUCAGGAAGAGAUGACGUGUUUAAACGGGGUAGUGGCUGGCAGAUUGGUCAUGAUACCCACAUCUCCAGCCCCACAGGAAAGGCCAUGCAUGAGGCUGCAGCAGGCCUUUCGUCAACGUUUGUUGACCACCCGGAGGUGUGGCUACUUGCCAUGCCUGCAAUACCCACUGUGGCUGGUAAAUGCAUUAGCACAGUGUGACCAGAUAUCACCAUAUUGUUACCUCUGCUCCAUUCUCCUCCUGUAUGGGCUGGAGUUACUGUGUCUUGCUCUCAUCUUCACUCCUGUGAUUAUACUAAUCUUACUUUUCACAUUACUGGACAAAGAGUGAGCUGAUGGGAACAUGGGUCAUAGACCCAGUCAUCUACAAUUAAUAUACCUGCAUUAAAAUAGGACAAUGACAAUCUGCAAACAUUGCAAAACAAUGCUAGACCUGAGUAAAACAUUGGAACUCACAGGGGAUGGAAUAUAACCUGGAGGGAGGAGGAGCCCUGAGGUGUUAGGAGUACAGCAGAUGGAAUCAGAUAUUGGGAUUAGGCUGUGGAAGACCCAGUUGGAUUAGGCAUUGGAGUGACCAGGAACUGUUGGAAUUGGGAUUUAGAGUAAGUAGGGGCUGAUGGAUUGAUUAUUGGAAUGAGCAGGAGGCAGUUGAAUUGGUGAUUGGGGUGAACAGGAACUGAUUGGAUGAGGGAUUGGGGUGAACAAGAGCUGGUUGGAUUGGGGAUUGGGGUGAACAGGAGUUGAUUGGAUUGGGGAUUGGGGUGAAUAGGAGCUGGUUGGAUUGGGGUGAACAGGAGCUGGUUGGAUUGGGGAUUGGGGUGAACAGAAGCUGGUUGGA